CGAAGCUGCCACUCUGCUUUCUCGCUCGCCCUCUUUGAUUCUAGCUAUAUAUACGGAUUGCAGCUUUGCAGCGAAGGCACUCUGCUUCUCAUCCACUGCAAGCUCCACGCCUCCACCUCCACACACAAAGAGACGCAGCAGCCAGCUUAUAAUAUGACGCAGAAGAUCGUAAUCGCGGUGCAGAUGGCGAGCAGCAGGUGCCGGUCCAAGGCGCUGGCGCUGGUGGCGGCCACGCCCGGGGUGGACUCGGUGGCGCUGGCCGGAGACGCCAAGGACCAGGUGGUGGUCGUCGGCGAUGGCGUCGACUCCGUCAAGCUCACCAGCGCGCUGCGUAGGAAGGUCGGCCACGCGCAGCUGCUGCAGGUCGGCGACGCCAAGGAGGACGGGAAGAAGCCGGCGGCCGCGGUGGUCGAACACUACCCGCACUCCGGGUACUCCUACCCGUACGGCGACUACUACCCAUCGCAACCGGCGCCUGUCAACGUCUUCUACGAGCAGCAGCACUACCCUGUUGCCGCCGCCGUCGAGGCGUACGGGUACCCAUGCUCGCGGCCGGAGCCGGGCACAUGUUCGGUAAUGUAGAUAGGGAAGGAGGAAUUUGUUGGUUAAUCCUGUCGCGUGUAUUACUACAGUAGUGUUCAGCUAGCUAUAGUGUCGAAUUUCAGUUAGUUAAGCUGGCAUCAAUUUCAGGUCUUGUGUUUGCUUAGAUCCUAUUCCUAUGUAAUCGCCUGCGACCUGCAGCUCAAAGCCUCAAAGGGCAGAGUUUCUAACAAGCAGACCGUCAGCAUGACAA